ACAUUUUAGACUUGUUUUUACUGGAUUUGUGGGCAGAUCAUGGGCUUUGACUGAUGUCGUCGCCGACAAUAUUGUUGUUGUGGGUACAGGAGAACUCAAAUUUUUGAGUGGAACUGUCAAAGCACAAAGCAAGGUGGUUUCUCAACCGUCGGUGAACAAUGUAGGGUUCCAAAGUGUGGCAGGGUAUGCCAUGGGGUGUAGUGAUUCACAAGCAGCCUUUUUCAAAACUGAUCAAGACAAUGUAUUCAUCGGCUUGUCGCUUCACAAUACGCAGGUCCAAACCUUUGGGGUUUUCCCUGACCAUAAAACGAAACAGUUAUACUUCACUAGACAAGUUGAGGACUGUGUUGGAACGUUCUCUGUCGGAUCAUGGAUGGCAAUCGUCAGUAUUCUCGUUAUGGUUAGUGGUUUACUCUUUGGCUACCUGAUGUUGAAUUCUGUGCAAACAAUGGACCGAUUUGAUGAUCCCAAACACAAGCAGAUCGUCAUCAAUGUCAGAGAGUAA